AUGGGUCCACUCGUAGAGAUUGACGCCUUGGAAAUUCUCGUCAUUGUCGACAAUGAGGUUGAUCCCAUCUCCUCGUAUCAACAUCCGGAUCUUGCCGUCUUUGGUCAGCUUGCAGAUGUGGCCUUACGAGCUCCAUUGGCAGAAACAAGCAGAGGCCAUGCCAAAUUCGAGAUGCGCCUUGAUAAUGUUUGUUGCGGUGCCCAUGGAUUAUCGCUCAUGAUUACGGCCAUCAAAGGGGACCAACGCCACACAGUUCUUUUCGAUACAGCGCCAGAAGAACAUAUCUGGGAACUAAAUGCUAAACGGUUGAGGGCAAAUAUCGGCUCAAUUGAGUGGGUGCAAUUGUCGCACUGGCAUCGAGAUCAUUCCGGUGGAAUAUUGAAAGCCAUUACCAUGAUCAAUGAGGCAAAAUCUAUUUCUGGCGGCCUGCCUGUUGACCUUCAUCCGAACCGACCAACUUAUCGAGGUUUUCAGGGUCCAACUGGUGUGAUCGUCUCGUUGGAAAGAGACCCAACAUUUGAGGAGAUUGAGGCGGCGGGAGCUGCUGUACUCCAGAAUGAUCAAGCUCAUACAAUUCUGGACGAUAUGUUCUUGGUAUCGGGCGAAAUUCCACGUGUCACCCCUUACGAGACGGGUUUUCGACGUGGUAUGAAGUUCAAUGAGAGGACGGGUGCCUGGGAAUCGGAUGAGUUAAUCCUGGAUGAACGAUUCCUCAUGUGCAAUAUAAAAGGCAAAGGCGUCGUCGUUUUUACAGGCUGUAGUCAUGCAGGAGUUGUCAAUGUUGCGAAGCAUGCUUUACAAUUGGGAGGCGGAUCGGCUCCUUUACAUGCUGUGGUCGGCGGAUAUCAUUUGGUUGGCCCGAAUGAAGCUUUCAUCAAAGAAACCAUUGCAGAUCUCAAAGAUCUCAAUCCUCGAAUCUUGAUACCUGGGCAUUGUUCAGGUUGGCGGGCUAAAAACGAAAUUGAAAGGGUGAUGCCUGGGAAGCUUGCUCCGUCCACCGUUGGAACCAAAUUCGUAUUAUAA